AUCAUAUAUAUUUAUAUAUAUAUGUAUAUUGGUCCUUUGAUUACAAAUGCAAAGGAAGUGUAAUCAGAAAAUUUUAAAGAGUAUAUAUAAAUUACAAAUAGAAUUCUAUUAGAUAUAUGGUGAUGUAAACAAAUAAGGAUGCGCGAAAUGUUUUGAAUUCCGAAUUAUUCAAUAUGCGUAUUCAGAGGAAGUGGGGUCGAAUGUUAAAAAAUAAUUGGAAAAGAUUACGACGAAGGCGAUUGUUGAUUAUAUUUACUGCAAUAGUACUCGCUUUAAUGUUUUUUGUCAGAAAAAAAAAAUCGAGUUACACGUAUUGUGAACCCAUUGACGUAGUUUAUACUUGGGUUAAUGGAUCUGAUCCUAUGUUUAUUGAUUCAGCAAGGCGUUAUAAUCCAAAUUAUGAUCCGGCAAGAUUCGAUGACAAAAAUGAGCUUCGCUAUUCAUUGCGAUCUCUAGAAAUGUAUGCACCUUGGGUACGGCAUGUUUACAUCGUAACUAAUGGACAAAUUCCAUAUUGGCUUGAUCUUAGUUUUGAAAAGGUUACGGUCGUUCCGCACGAACUACUUACUUCAAAACCAGAACUCCUACCUACAUUUUCAAGCUCUGCUAUUGAAACUUUCAUUCAUCGUAUACCGCAUCUCUCUCAACGUUUUCUCUAUUUGAAUGACGACAUUUUUCUUGGUGCCCCAUUAUACCCAGAAGACCUUUAUACUAACUCAGAAGGUGUGCGCAUUUAUCAAGCUUGGAUGGUACCCGAUUGUGCGGAAGACUGCCCUUGGACAUACAUCGGUGAUGGGGCAUGCGACCGGCAUUGUAAUAUUGCCAAAUGCCAAUAUGACGGAGGCGAUUGUAACACAUUCGGAUCAGACAAAAGUGAAGAAAAUACGAUGGAGCAGCAGGUUGAUGUAAAUAAGAAUGUAAAAUUAAUUACCCAAUCGCUUUUAAACUCAACAACGCACAUAGAAAUAAGACAUUUUCCUUUACGAAAAAAGUUUCGUAACAGAAAAUAUUCUGCUCAACGCAACGGCUUACACUUCCGAGAACUAGUAUUACAUAAAAAUCUGAGUACUCUUGCAGAACUUAGACGUAUUGUCGACAACUAUAAUAGUCAACUUAAGUCAAAUAGUCACGCCAAUGACCCAGUACUAUCAACCGACACUUUACAAAAAAAUAUGGUACGAUUGGAAAAAAGCGUAGAGAAAACAUCGAAAAAUGAAUCCAGUAAAGAUAUAUAUUCUCAUUCGUUAAUAUAUACGAACAUGUUGUUGAAUCGUUUCUAUGGAUUCAAAGCUCGUAACGUGCUAGCGCAUGUUGGAUUCUUGCUAGAUCGUAAUAUAAUAUAUGCCAUGCAGCAAAAAUUUUUAACAGAGGUAGACGUUACUUUGUCUAAUCGGUUUCGCUCAACAAAUGACUUACAAUUUGCUUUUAUAUAUUACUCGUUUCUUAUGAGUGAAACAACAACUUUAACAGUAGGUGAAGUGUUUGACGAGUUCGAUACUGACGACUCACACACAUGGUCAGAUCGUGAGGUGCGAACUUUUUUGGCACGUAUGUAUCCUCUUCCACUGGACUGGUCAGCAGUUCGUUUCUUCGAAGAAGUUGUAAGCAACUGCUCUCGCGAUCUAGAUAUGGUUUCACAUAAAAUACAUAAUGAAUAUACAACUUUGGUGUAUGAACGUUACGAAGAUUCAACUGUGCCGACUAUAACACGAGAGUUGGUCGAACAAUGUCGUUUGCUGGCGGAAGCCUUAGAAACAAAUUUCGCUACCCGAAGCAAAUACAAAUUUAACAUAAUUCCAAAAAGAGCUAUCCAUAACAAUUUUAUGAUGUUAACAUCUAACAUCACCGAUGUUGUAGAUGGGUUUGACAAAAUACGACGAAACCCACGAAAAUUCAACUGCAUUAAUGAUAAUUUGGAGCCGCUACUAGUCGAAGAUAAUGAACUGAUCCGUCACUUGUUAGAAGACUUCUAUCUUUCCUUUUUUCCUCGCCGAAGUAGUUUUGAAUUACAAUUUGAAUAUAGAAAUCGCUUCACUACCUGGCACGAUUACCAAAGAUGGCGUAGACGUAAGCGUGCAGCUCUUGUAGUGGGUUAUGCAGCUAGUGUUAUACUUAUUCUAUUUAUUGUAAGAUACAUAUGCAUACACAAAACAAAGUUUGUGCGACGCUAUGUGCAAAGUCUAUAAAUAUGUUUAGUAUUAUAUGAUAUAAGGAGAAAAUGUACUUAUUACUUAAAAAAGAUAAAAUGAACGAUGAUUUAACAAACAGCUUAAAGAAAAUCCUUUAUGUCUAAAACCAAGUCUAUUCUUAAUACAAAUGCAAUAUUACAUAUACAACAAGGAAGGGAUGACUAAGUUUUGCGUUACCAAUUUGUUUAGGAUGGUUUGGAAAGAUAUGGUUUGUGCCAUAUACACAAUCAUAUAUACACCAAUAUCUAUCUCAGCUAAUUUUAAGAGCUACAAAGCCGAAGUUAUUCGUGUGUAAGAUAUUGCGAGAGUAUACAAAUUGUUCGAAAUAAAUAAAAAAUAGCAGUUAAGGAAGUCCUCACUUGCUGGAGAAUGUUUCAUAGCAGUUACCUUUUAUGAACAAAUUACAUGUACAUAAAUACAUUCCCUAUUAUUAAUAAACAUUCUUAUAAACGGUAAGCGAA